AUGAAGACCCCCCUGGCCGGCGUCCUCUCUCUUCCCUCUCGGCUCGGCUUGCGCCCCCUGCUGUUUGUGGCUGGGGCCGCGGCCGCCGCCGCCGGAGCUUACUAUGUUUUCUUUUACAGGUUUGGAGAUCGACAGCGGAGACCGACGACGGAGGAGACCACCGAUACCCUCAGAGUCCAGACUGAGGUCAUCACUGAGGACAGCGGGCAGCUGCUGGUCAGCCCUCAGUACUGUGGACCUGUGACUGUAUACAGGUGUCCCAGACAGUUUCUGAUCCUGCAGCACUGCUUAAAGGACGUGCAGAGUUCAUUCUGGACUCUGCGCUUCUCUUACGUAUCCUGGCACAACCGCGACCAGCAGAGGAUCUGUGUCAGGCGGCACUAUGUGCUGUUGAUGCGGGGGGCAGUGACGUAUUCAUGGUGGAUCCUCACCAACGAUUUCUUCAUGUCAUCUUCUCAGUGCCCCAUUUGGUACGCAUCAGCGGCACGGAUCACCCUCGCUGAGCGCGUUGAGGGUCUCCUGACUCGAGUGGCUUCCUGUGCAUUCACCGAGCACCAUGUCCCUAAAACAUCUGGUGGUGUUCAGGUGACGGAGGUGUUCUACACUCAUCAGUCCCUUAUCAUCGGACAUGAUGAGUGGCGUGACUUUGCACGCUCGUGGUCAGAAGUCCUUCUCUGUGAACCAGAGCCUCAGGAUACUCCUGAGGCAGCUGGAGGCAGUGCAGAUGUGGACAGAGAGGUGCCUGCUUUGCAUGCCUACACACGGAUUAAGAGGAUUGACAACUUUCCUCUUAAACUGAUCGCUCUGCGCCAGGCCUUCACUAUCAUUCUGAACAACGCAGAGUGCCGAAAGGACGUCUGUGAGACUGGCAGGAAGAUUCUUGGUGACCUCGGCACUCUGAAUGCCAGGGAUCUGACUGCCUUUCAGCAGGCGUAUGAUCGGCUGCUGGCGUUGGUUCAGGAUCCUUCCUGCCGUGAAGGAAUUGAAGUGGAGCUGGCGCAGAUUGGGAUUCAUCACUUCAACUUCAUAGACAUCGUCUAUGAAGUGGUGAUCUUCGGAGUUCAGUGUGGAGUGAGGCCUCAGAUCUGUCCAAUGCCAGGAGGAUUUCUUGACCAUCUGUUGGUCAUGAUCUCUUCUUUCUCUGCGUCCACCGAGCAGAGCAGACCCAGAGCCGAGCAAUACAGACUCAUGAUCCAGAAUGCGAUGAUGCGCCUCCUGGAGGACAUCUUUGCCCUGGGGGAGUCUGUGUAUGAGCAUCCUGAGUCUGUGGCCGAAGCUGUGUGGAACUUGGUUGUGGACCAGUUUGACGAGCUCUUGGACAGGCUGAAGAACAUCGAGCCAGAACUCUUUUAAAUUCCUUUUCAGAUUUCAUCCCUCCUUCCCUUCCCUACUAUCUCUUUUUCACCAUUAAUAUUAAUGUUUUACUUAAAUAUAUUUUAUGUUAAGACUCCUUAAAGAGCCCAUAUCCUACAUUUUUCCACUUUUAAAAUUUCUGUGCCAAAUUUCAUUUCUGCAUUACCAUUUUCAAACCUCCCUUUGUCCAGUAGAAUUAAACAGGCUUUUUUUGUUACUUUGCCUUUAAGACAGAUAUAUGUAAAUGAACUCUCUUCAGAUUGGCUUCUUCCUAUUGUGCCUAGUUCAAAAGCAGUCUGUCUGAAAUGCUUCUUAACUUUAGCGUAAAUUGGGCAGGACUAAA